CGGUCAAACAACCUCCCUCUUGUUCAAGGAACACAAAUAUGUUAUUUGGGUGUGUCUAGCUUAACACACCCGACAGACUUGUGACGUGACGAAGUUUUAUUCUUCGUAAAGCAGAGAGCAAAUUUCUUAUCGUUUUUAUUUGAUUUUAUAUAACUUACUCGAUUUCACUGGCACGGUAAACCCAAAACUGAUCUAAUGAUUCAGGCUCUUUCGACUCCACCUGCUGGUUAAGUUAGUGUGGACACGAAUUUUGACUGACUGCUAGCUUACAUUUUUGGCACUGAAGGUGGGCCAGGAGAAGCGCCUUACAAGUCGUGUUUUUAUUCCAAAAACUUAGUUUGAAGGAAUAAACGCACUCCCUGACGUUUCUUUCUCCAAGAUUCGACAUCAUUUUAUAUAGUUUUCUGGAUUUGAGACACCACGCGAAGCUAUUAAGGCAGCAUGUCCAGGUCUGAUUUUCCUCCGGGUUAUGAUGAAUCUCGACUGCUCUCUAACCCCGAUCCUGGGAGCGGUUACCCACCUUCUGCCCCAGAAUAUGGCUUCAGUUCACAUGGGGGGCCACCGCCUUACUCGCAGCCUGGAGGGUACCCUGGGCAGCCUGGAGGGUACCCUGGGCAGCCUGGAGGGUACCCUGGGCAGCCUGGAGGGUACCCUGGACAGCCUGGAGGAUACCCUGGGCAGCCUGGAGGGUACCCUGGACAGCCUGGACCUGGAGGAUUCCCCCCGCCAAUUAUGCCACCCAUAGCUAUCCCUGUCGUUCCUACUGAUUCAGAUGACAAUGAAGGAUUUACCACAGCAGACGGAUGGGACAGUACUCAGAUUCGACACAGUUUUAUACGAAAAGUUUAUCUGAUCCUCGCAGUACAGCUUCUCUUCACAGUUGGAAUCGUGUCUAUUUUCACAUUUGUGGACUCCGUAUCAGUGUUUGUGAGAAAAAACCCAGCAAUUUACUGGACUUCAUAUGCUGUCUACUUUGUUACACACAUGGUACUCGUUUGCUGUCAGGGACCCAGGAGGCGUUGCCCAUGGAAUGUGAUUCUGUUGUCCAUUUUUACAUUGGCAUUGUCAUACAUGACUGGGGCAAUAGCGAGUUACUAUAGUACUAAAGCAGUGUUCUUGGCCCUGGGCAUCACUGUUCUUGUGUGCGUCGCUGUGACCGUCUUCUGCUUUCAGACGAAGGUGGAUUUCACUAAAUGUGCUGGCUUUUUUGCCGUGCUUGGAAUCGUGGUGUUUGUGACUGGCAUCAUAACGGCUAUCGUGCUGUCAUUUAAAUACAUGCCAUGGCUUCACAUGCUGUAUGCUGGUAUAGGGGCUGUUGCAUUUACCCUGUUUCUGGCUUACCACACGCAGCUUCUGAUCGGAAACAGGAAAAUGACUAUCGAACCUGAGGAAUAUAUUUUCGCUGCACUCACUCUUUAUGUUGACAUUAUUCAGAUUUUCCUCUUCCUCCUACAAAUUAUUGGAUUAGCACAGAGAUAAAAGCUUUAAGUCGGCAUGUAUUGUCAUAAAGGCUUUUUAUGCACUAUGCAAUGUCUUUUCUGUCCAGUUAUGGACAAGAACAUUUACUCAAACUAUAAAAUUCUACUGAUCUUAGAACAUUUUACUGAUCAAUUCCUGUUAGCUGUCAUAGGAAUAGUUUGUUUGUGAAUAUCUUAACAGUACUCUAACAGUCAAAUAAGGGAUUUAUGUUUGUGAAGUCACAAUAGCCAAAAAAUGUAGUGUCAUUUAUAUUGAUGUAUGGUCUUCAAUAUGACAUUCUGUAUUAUAUUAAACCUCUACUAUACAGUAAUGGGUAUAGACUUUUCUGCUGUGUAAAUAGCAUUUUUAUUUCAUUGAUAAGUCUUAAAUACACAUUUAUCUUGCAGACGUCUCUAUAUUUAUAAAAAAAAUUGAUCUAUAUCAUUUUAUAUCAGAAUUGCAGUGUUUGAGCUUAAAAACAAAUUGCUUUACUUGAUCAAUCUGAUAAUACACUUAACCUAUCAAAAAUUAUCUGAUUUGGUGCCUUGUUUGUUUUUGUUAAGUGCCAAAUAUAUACAAUACAUACAAUGUCAACAUUAAACAUAGAUAGUCAGAUUACAAUGAUAUACAUAAGAUUGAAGUUUGUGGGUACAUUGUCUGUUUUGUUAAAUACUUUUAUGUCAAAUGAUGUGGCUGAAGUUUUAAAUGUAUUGUUGCAAUUCUUGGAGUAGUAAAUAAAAUGAACACCGAGCAGUCCUCA